CGCCUUUCGUAUCUUUUUUCUUUCCCCGAUGGCGCCUCUUGCAGGACUCUUAAGGUUCAUCCAAGGGUCAUCCCUAAGCCGUGGCUUCGUUGCUUAUUUGGCCGACCCCCUGCUUCGAUUGCGCGCGCAACAGACCAUGCCUCAUAUAUAUAUCUCUACCCUGUGCUCCAUACGCUGUAUAUAAUCCAACAUAAUUUUCUUCCCUUCCAAGGCUUUUCGAGCCCUUUCUCGAAGCCCACACGCAGUGAUUCCCUUAUCUACGGAUCUUUCCUCCCUCUCGCACCUGUCCCCUUCUUCCUUUCUCACUUCUUCUCCCCUGGUACAGAAUACUAGGGUCUUACUAUUCUCUUGUGUCUCUAAGACACGCCAUUUAUUAUGGAGAAAGAUACCGAAGCCAAGUCAACGCCUUCCUUCGCGGCCGACCUUCCAUCCUACGGCGAAUCCGAACCCACAAGGCCGAGCCUUCCACAGCGGAUAUUGGAUAGUUUUAAGAGAGAUCCAAAUGCAACUGUCGCGGAGACCUUGAAUGAUGGCGGAAAGCGUCAUGUCGAUGUUGAAGCUGCCGCCGCAAACACGGCCGCAUCUCCAUUGCAGCGAAGGUUGAAGGGUCGUCAUCUGCAGAUGAUUGCGAUUGGUGGCUCGAUUGGUACUGGUCUCUUCGUCGGCUCUGGCAACGUCUUGGCAAGCGGUGGUCCUGCAUCGCUACUGAUUGCCUACGUGUUAAUCGGCAUAAUGCUAUACUGCACCAUGCAGAGCUUAGGAGAGAUGGCUGUCGCCUUCCCUGUCGCUGGUUCCUUUGCCCAUUACUCUACUCGUUUUCUAGAUCCCGCCUGGGGCUUCGCUAUGGGUUGGAAUUACGCGAUCCAGUGGCUUGUUACAAUGCCAUUGGAGAUUGUUGCCGCUUCCAUGGUUAUUGACUACUGGGACUCAACCGUCUCCAACGCCGCAUGGGUUGCUAUCUUCUGGGUUGUGAUUGUCUCCAUCAAUUUGUUCGGCGUCAGGGGUUAUGGUGAAGCAGAAUUCCUCUUCUCCUGCAUCAAGGUCACUGCCGUGAUCGGAUUCAUUAUCCUCGGCAUUAUUCUUGACUGUGGUGGUGGCCCACAUGGCGGCUACAUUGGCGGCAGGUACUGGCAUCAUCCUGGGGCCUUCAAUCACGGCUUCAAGGGCGUGUGCAGUGUCUUUGUCAACGCUGCCUUCGCCUUCGCCGGUACCGAGUUAGUCGGUCUCGCAGCCGCCGAGACUGCCAACCCUCGGAAGACCCUUCCAACGGCCACAAAGCAGGUCUUCUGGCGUAUCUGCCUCUUCUACAUUGUUUCUCUUACCCUCGUCGGCCUCCUCGUGCCAUACGAUGAUGAACGACUCACCCAAGGAAGCUCCAGCGCCGACGCUCGAGCCUCGCCGUUUGUUAUCUCUAUUCGCAAUGCCGGCAUUUCCGGUCUCCCCUCCGUCAUGAAUGCCGUUAUCUUGAUCGCCGUCUUGUCUGUCGGCAACUCGGCUGUUUAUGGCACAUCCCGUACGUUGGCCGCCCUCGCCGACCAGGGUCAAGCACCUAAGAUACUAGGCUACAUCGAUCGCGAAGGUCGUCCUCUCGUCUCGAUCGUGAUUGCAUCCCUCUUCGGUUUACUCUGCUUUUUGGCCGCGUCCUCCAAGCAGGAAGAUGCGUUCAACUGGAUGAUGGCCAUCUCUGGUCUUUCGUCGAUCUUCACUUGGGGUUCCAUCUGCUUGUCGCAUAUCCGGUUCCGCCGUGCCUGGAAAGUGCAGGGUCACAGCCUGAGUGAGCUGGCCUUUACGUCGCAAGCGGGCGUGAUCGGCUCGUGGAUUGGCUUCAUUUUUAACUGCCUAGUCCUCAUGGCCCAAUUCUGGGUAGGGUUUGCGCCAGUCGGGUACGCAUCGAUGACUGCUUCCCAACUGGUUGAGAACUGGUUCCAAGCCUAUCUUGCCUGCCCAGUUGUCCUGGCCUUCUAUUUCCCAUACAAGCUGUGGUUCAAAACUCCGUUUGUUCGUGCCAGAGACAUGGAUCUAAUGACGGGUCGGCGUGAUCUCGAUAUCCAGCAACUUCUUGAAGAGGAACGGGCAGAACAGGCCCAAUGGCCUCUUUGGAAGAGAGUAUACAGGUUUUUCUGCUGAGCGAAAUAAGCCAUGUAAUUCUUCUAAUCCUCUUGUUUUUUUACACUUUGCGAAAGUUGCUGUGCAUUGAUACAACGGCCCAUGACGAUUUCCUUAUUACUCCUUUCAUAGAAGAUAUCCCGUCUGCAUAAUAUUAUCAUCUGCAUUAGCAUCCGGAAGCUGAGACGGCAUUAAUAUGAUGAGACGA